AUGGAGAUCCCAAAAGAAACACCAGAGCCGUAUUCGGCCAUCCUAGUAAUAGAAGAGGAAUGGGCAUGCUGGGACAAGAAAGCCAUUAUGAAGGCGCUUUUUGAUCCUGUUGAGUGGAGAGAUUGGAAACUCAACUUUGCGAAGGAGCAAAUUGAAAGGUUUACUGUGGCACAGCGGCCUGACAUGGUCGAAAGUCUGAAGGAGCGUUACCUUCCCUAUGUUUUCUCAACCGUACUCCUCCAGGACCUCCGACUUCAACCUAUAGCCUACUAUCGUCUAGAAACCCUGAAGGAGUUGUACGAUGCGGAUUGGACGACUCUAUAUCGUACGAAUAUCAAAGCUGUUAUGGAAGCCUACAGAAAUGGGACCCUGAAAGUCGUUAGUGGUGCAGUAUCCUACUGGUAUAACGGUCAUAUGAAAAUUGCCCCAACUCGGGAGCCGGUCAAUUUAGAGGAGGAGCUGCCAAAAUGGAGAGCAGAACAUGGGCCGGAGGGCAUUGGGGCGAAUCGGUCUCUGCUCCGGUUCCCCAACUUGCUUCUCUGUCUACUCAUCCGCGCGAUCCUCAGAGAAUCCCCAAUGACCCACGCGUAUACGAACAAUCCGAUAUGCUUAGCGCUUCCUUGGUCUGGAUUAAUACAUACCAUUCUCGUGCUUGACGACACAGGAUCUGCUUAUCUCGAGCUAUUCAAUGAAGACUGUUCCUCACUUGGAUUUGACCCAUUCAUGAUCCCGUCUGAUAUAGUUCGAGGUUCUGUCGAUCUAGUAACCGCUUGUGUUGAAAUAGAGGCCCAGUUUUUGGCGACUGAUCUCAAUUAG